GCAAAGUUUUAGGCUAUGGCACGCACGAAGCAGACGGCUCGCAAGUCCACCGGCGGCAAGGCCCCGCGCAAGCAGCUGGCCACCAAGGCCGCCCGCAAGAGCGCGCCGGCCACUGGCGGCGUGAAGAAGCCGCACCGCUACCGGCCCGGCACCGUGGCGCUGCGCGAGAUCCGGCGCUACCAGAAGUCCACCGAGCUGCUGAUCCGCAAGCUGCCGUUCCAGCGCCUGGUGCGCGAGAUCGCGCAGGACUUCAAGACCGACCUGCGCUUCCAGAGCUCGGCCGUGAUGGCGCUGCAGGAGGCCAGCGAGGCCUACCUGGUGGGGCUGUUCGAGGACACCAACCUGUGCGCCAUCCACGCCAAGCGCGUCACCAUCAUGCCCAAGGACAUACAACUGGCGCGCCGCAUCCGCGGGGAGAGGGCUUAGAUGCUCACCCGCCGUGGGCUUGGCAAAAGGCUCUUUUCAGAGCCACCUUCGGACUCAUUGGAGAGUGUUUCACUUUGUCAGGAGGGGAGGGGACAGUAUUUUUCCCUGAGCUGUAUGGGUGUAGUUUCAGGAAUCCUUGAGUAAGAACUCGAAAUAAAGGGUUAAUGGGCAGUAUGUUUAACCUACACAAAGUUGACUGACUAGUGAGUUGUGCAACUAGGAUAAAUCGUUAGUAAAGAGCUAAGCCUCUGGUUCAAGGUAUGAGAACUCUUAAAUUUUUCUGAUUUAAUGGUUCAGCACUGAAAAUUCUGAGGCGGAUCAGAGUUAGGCUAGGGUAUGGUGCUUUGUCAAAGAUCUGGCCUGCCUCUGCCUUCUGCCUCUCCAGAGCAGUGCUGGGAUGUAAAGGCAUAGGCUAAUAGUGAAUCUUAAGACUGAUGAGUUCAAGAGAGGAAAGGUCUGGUAGGGACCUGGGUUCUGUAUCUCCAGAAUUCAAUAGGUCUUUUGAGGCUCAGAAGAGUACCCUGAAAUAUGUAACCAUCCCUGCAGCUUUAGUCCCACAGCACCCAGGGAUCAGCAAGUGCCGGGCAGAGCUUUGUCUCAAGUUCUCCACCUAAGGGCCAGUUCCUUCACUUGUUCUGAAUCUCCUCAGAUACUUCCAUCAACUGAAGGAACUGGACUCAUGACUGGAGUCAUGAGUCACACACCAGAGCCU